AUGGAGUUGGUGCAACAAAUGAAUGAUUUACACUUUACUGAGCAGGAGGCAACUGCUCCGGUUUAUAUGCAAAAGGAACUCCCCAGACUUUCCCGACGAAGGAGUAGAACUAUGAACACCAUGAGCAAUUCCGUCGGCACUCUUUUACGAGAAGAAAAUGUGUCUAUGAGCAGUUCACUUCCAUCUUUACGGGGUCCCAAGAAUAAUAAGCUCGUUCAAAAUAAUUCCAAAUUACCUUUUGAAUGUGAUGGGGAACAACGCUCAGCGUCGGAGUCCCCUAAUGCGAAUCGAAGGCCUUCCUUCAGCUUUAAUCUUUUCGGUUUAAAGCUUCAACUUUUGGCACGGUCGCAUAAGAGCAAAAAAAUUCCUCAUACACAAGAAUCACACAGUCAUUCCUUCUUAGCCCCGUCAACUGUUCACGGAUGUUCUGAUCAAAUAUCAGAGUCAAGUCACUUGCUCUCCACUAUCGUUCCCGAGUCCAUACAGAGCGGUUGUUUCAUGCUUAGAAUUACUAGAAAAAAGGUCCGGCAGAGAAAAGUUUCAUUAGACCCAUACACUGGUGAUCUUUUACUCGAUCGAAGUGCAACAAAGUCAUACAAAAAGCUGUGUGUGGAUGACGUUAAGGCCAUACGCUCUGGAGCUGAUGCACGGAAUUAUCGUGAGCAAUUUAAAAUAUCUGCUGAGAACGAAGAGCGUUGGUUUACAAUUAUAUAUAUGAAUGCAGAACGGAUAAAAGCACUGCAUCUAAUUUCACCUACUGUGGAUAUGAAGAAUCAAUGGCUAAUGGCAUUAGGCUGCUUGAAAAGUUACAGACUUAGCGAGCUUACUAGUGGUCUUGAACUAUUUUCUAUGCGACCCCCAGAUACUGAAUCGCCGAUAAUGGAUGAUUCUGUUGCUGAACCACCGCCACAAGCCGUUCCAUCCGCUUUCUUGGAAAAACGCCAGAAUGCAAGAUUAUCUUUCCACGAUGUAGAGAAAAUGUGUCAAAAGUUACACUUAAAUGCUUCGCGUUCUUUUCUUCGGUCUAUCUUCAGCAAGGCUGAUGUCGAAGGAACAGGGAGUCUCAGUUUCGACGGGUUUCAAACAUUUGUUAAGCUUCUGAAGACACGGGAAGAGGUGACAGAAAUUUUUAAAAAGUAUUCUAAUAACGGUAGCGUUAUGACUGAAGAACAGUUUUCUGGAUUCCUCUACUCUUGUCAGAAAUUUAUUCCUGCCAACAAAUCAGCCCAACAACUUUUCCAAAAAUUUUCAAAAAAGGACGCAUUCGGAAUGGACGUAUUGGGAUUUUCAUCUUUUCUUUUGUCACCCGAGAAUCAUCCGGUUACCCAAGUGGAUCAAGACAUGACACGCCCUUUAAACGAGUACCUGAUUUCCUCUUCGCAUAAUACUUACUUGCUUGGGCGUCAGUUUGCCGGUGAAAGCUCCAUUGAAGGUUACAUUCGAUCCCUCCAACGCGGCUGCAAAUGCAUUGAAAUUGACUGUUGGGACGGACCGACAGGUCCGAGCGUAUAUCAUGGGCGUACAUUCACCACAUCAAUACCUUUCAUUGAUGUUAUUCGCGUGAUUAAAAAAUACGCGUUUGUUGCUUCUCCUUAUCCCGUCAUAAUAUCACUAGAGAUUCACUGCUCCUGUGACCAACAAAUUCAAAUGGCUAAAAUAAUGCGAGAAAUAUUCGGAGAAGCCCUUGUCUCAACACAUCUGUCAUCCAACGAAUCAGUGCUGCCAUCUCCGGCUGAUCUCUUGUAUCGAAUCCUUCUGAAAGUAAAAUGUUCUCCUUCCGGACCCGCAUUAACUAAUCCUGGUUUCGUUGACUCAUCAACUGAUACGACUGGCUCCUCAGAAUUCGAUAACUCGAUUGCAGAUGGUGAUAGUCCUCAAAAGCCAAAACGGAAAAGCAGGAAACUUAUCGUGCCGGAGUUGCAAGAGCUAUCUACUUACAGUAGAUCUAUCAAGUUUCGAAACUUUUCGCUCCCAGAAUCUAAAACAUAUGACCAUAUAUUUUCAUUUUCGGAACGGACUAUAUCCCGUUUCGGAAAAUCUAUUUAUCCUCACCUAAAGAAGCACAAUACCAAGUAUCUGUGCAGGGUGUACCCGGCCCCCAUUCGACUCGGAAGUUCGAACUUUAAUCCUCAGUUUUACUGGCGUCUUGGUGUGCAAAUGGUUGCCUUAAAUUGGCAAACACCAGGUAAACUCGGGCUCCAUCUUAAUGAUGCUUUAUUUGCAUCCGAUCCCCCUUGCGGUUUUCUAUUAAAACCUAUCUACCAGAGACCGAAUGGUAGCGAUUAUCGCGAAAAAAACAGCAAUUUGUCCCCCCCUCUCCCAUGCAAAAUUAAAUUAACUAUACAUGUAAUAACUGGACAACAACUCCGUAGGUCAAGGGAAAGUAUUCACUUGGAUACGCUAUCUCCCUACGUUGAGAUUAAUGUUCACUCGCUUGAGGAAACUCCCAUAAAGUGGUCUUCGAAAGUGGUAUCCAAGAAUGGAUUUCGGCCUUUAUGGGACGAGUAUUUCUAUUACGAAAGCGCGACGGUGGAUGAUGAAUACUCCAUCAUCAGAUUUUUGGUUCACCAUAAACGACCAAACGGUGAUGUUCUUGUUGCCCGGUUUGCGUCACCUUUAUAUCGUUUGAAGGAAGGUUAUCGACACCUGCCUCUGUACGACCUCCAAGGAGAACAGCUGCUUUUCUCUACGCUUUUCGUACACAUCACAAAAACUUACGUCCCUCCAACGGUUUCCACCCUUCCAUAG